UCAUGUAUCACUGUUACGUUAAUGAUUUCAGUUAGUGCAUCGUUAAAGAAUACCCGUGUAAGCCGAGAGAAAGUCCCAUCGAUCAUUUACAGCAAGAAAAUAGUCACCAGAGACAAGAAUCGCAUCGUCUACCGAUGGAUCAUCAACGAAUCACGGAAGAGCUUCAGAGUCGUGUCAUGCAACUUGAAUCGGGGCAAUGAAAUUGAACAAGAAAAACAGGUAAAUCAGGACUCUCUUAAACAAAAAGCAGACACGAUGGCGAAAGUUGAUGAAAGCGAAGAAAAGUAUAAAGUUUUGGAAGAGAAAUUUGAGAAAUUGAAAGAUGUAUAUGGAAAAUGAAGAGAAGAAGAUAUCAGUUUAAUCAGG